CUGACCAGUAGCACAGCGACAGACGCUCAGGUGACAGGAGAGAAGGCACUCGCUCACGUAGAGGGACAUGUUGAGAAGGGGAGGGACAGUAACAGAUGGAAAUAUCCUGUAAACAAAUGAAGUACAGCUGAACUAAGACACACCUGGAACUUCACAAAAGGAUACCAGAGGAUAGCAGAGGAACCGAAACUGUCAGCAGUCUACGUUGAACACUCCAGAUAAGUUCAUGGUUAGAGGGGAAGGCAUGUGAAAAAGGCAGCACAUGUUGAGGACUGACAAAGAUAGCAGAGAAGAGCAAGAGAGAGCGACACUAAAGGCAAAACAAGCACUGCAGGGAUCAAGAGAGGCUCAUCUUAAAGGUCUGAGAGGAUUUUUCCAGCAGCUUCAAAGAUCUUCCCAUCAUGGCCUCAAUGGGGAUGCAGCUGCUGGGCAGCAUCCUGUGCCUCCUGGGCUGGGUUGGGGUCUUCACCAGCUGUGUGCUGCCUAUGUGGAAUGUGACUGCCUUCGUGGGCAGCUCCAUUGUGACCUCUCAGAUUAUCUGGGAGGGCAUCUGGAUGACUUGUGUGGUUCAAAGCACAGGAUAUAUGCAGUGCAAACCCUAUGAGUCCCAGCUGGCUCUCAGCACCGACAAGCAGGCCGCCAGGACGCUCAUGAUCCUCGCCAUCGCUACAGGCAGCAUUGGCCUCAUCCUGGCCUUCGUGGGUGGAAAAUGCACCCGCUUCUUGGAUGAAGAAGGAAGUGGUGCGAAGGAGAAAGUGGCCAUAACAGCGGGGGUGGUGCUGAUGAUCACAGGGCUCCUCUGUUUGAUCCCAACGGUGUGGGCGGCCACGACGGUGGUGAAGAACUUCUACAGCACAUCCAUAGAUGCUCUGAAGAUGGAGCUGGGAGCUUGCCUCUACAUUGGCUGGGGGGCAGCGUUUCUGCUCAUCCUGGGAGGGGGUCUGUUCAUGAAGUCCUCUUGCCCAGGCAAAGCCCACGACACGGACAAGAGCCCCUCAGCUCGCUAUGUGGUAGUCCGAUCCUCUAAUGGAUCCUCCCGCGCUGGCUCCCGUCUCUCCAGGGUGCCGACGGCGCUGGCUCAACCCAUCAAACGCAUGUCGCCCAGGCCCCAAAGCUCUGGGGCGCCACCCUCCUAUCCUCAGCUGUUCUCUAGGCUGGGAUAUGAUGUCGAAUCCCAGCAGAACGUGAGAGAGGAUUCAGAGAGAUCCUGGGCUCCAUCGACAAAGUCUCAGAUGAAAAGGUCCGAGUCGAGAAAGUCCGAACACAGCGACGCGCCAUCAACAAAGUCUCAGUUGAAACGAGCUGAAAUGGAUGAUGAAACUUUAUCAGCUGCCAGUGAAAAUGAAGAUGCAGCAGCAAACCCAGAGAAAACAUACCUGUAAUAUGAGCACUAGAAGAAGGAAGACUUCAGUUUACAUUUAGUUUGCAGUUACUUAGUAGUUCAAUGUUUUAUAGAUGAUAAUGUUUCAUUUUGAUAUAAUUAUUAUUUGUUGUGUUUAAUGUGAAGGACGUUUAUCAAAAUGAAGGAGACAAAAAUAAAAUGUAACAUUUUAUGUGCGCAUGUACUGAUUGUCACAAGUAAAACAAGUGAAGUAUGUACAACUUGUGAUGAAUGAACUUGUUUAACUUGAAUUGUUGGUUUUAACUCGCCAUGGUAAUGUGAGAUAUUGCACUGCAUCAACUGUUUUUUAGUGUUUUAAUGCACUGAAUAAAUUUUUAUGUAAUACUUUACCUCAGGUUUUGGGGUUAUUUUUUUACUUUAUCUUUCAAAUACAUAGCAACUUGAAUGACUAUGAUUCUUUUUACUUCUUUUUUAUUACUUUAUACACUUAAAUGUGUUGAAAUAAAUGCUCUUCCUAUUACACAACAAAUGUUUCUGUAAAUACUUUUCAUCAAAGCAUUUAAUUGUGAUUAUAUUUUUAUUUUAGCAUAUAACAGAAAAUCUAUUGCCAAUUUAUUUUUCAAUAAAUGCAAAAUGUGAACGAAUAUAUUGUAUAUUGCUUUCUUACUAGUCAUGACUAAUUAAGGAAUAAAUGUCCAGGAGAAUCACCUGGACUACCGGGCUUGCUUUGGUAAUUACAAGCUUCUGGACAAACUGGUUUGACAGAGAUCAAAACAAAAUGUGUUUUGUUGAAGGAAGAAGAAGCGUGUUUGCAGAGAAAACGUCAUUGAGUUUCAGUGAACAAGGUUUGGGUUUUGCUGAUACAAAUGAAAAGGAUUAUACAGACACAAUGCAUGUCUGUCGUCCAGAAUGUCACAAAUAAAGUUUGUUGUAUUGACUGUGUUAUGGAGAUAAAUUCAUAAAUAACCAUGGGAAUUUUUAGUUUUUAUGGAAAAGUCAAAUGACAAACUUUGAAUAAACCAUAACAUAAACAGCCAGAGUUUAUCUUUGCAUUAUUUAUUUGUAUUUAUUAACUUAAUUCUUUAAAAAAAAUCUGAUUUAUGUGUUUGGUAAAGCUUGGAUAUAGUCACACCUCAGGGCUUCGAGGUUUAGCCAAACAAUGCUUGUACAGUGACGCACUGGAGAACCAUUUCUA